UUUGAUCUGAAUCCUCACCUCAAUCUCGGCAACCAAUCUAAACCCUAUGCCUACACCUACUCCCACGGGGACUCCUCCCCUGGCUUCACCAAUUGCCUCGGCACCCUCUGGACCGCCAAGGAUCGGUACCUUUGGAUCGAUUUGGCUGCGGGACCGGUCGAUUACGGCCCGGCGUUGUCCGGGGACGGUGUGCUCCCCCGCGGCGAGUUUCACCCGCUCGCUGCCCUCCACGGCCGCCCCAAGUCGCAGAAGGCGCUGCUGAGGGACCUGGCGUCCCUGGUCUGGAGCGCCUACCAGGUACUUCUUGUGCCCUCUCUGAGAAUUCCUGUUCCUUUUGAGACAUCGUUGGUAGUUCAGUUUAUACAUUUUCAUGGAUCGGAGAGCGGAAGGGAUUCAAGUGGCUUGGAUUGGAAACAGAUUCAGAGGACGUUUAUGGAUGAGGCUAAUGAGGGUGGGUUGUUGUUGGGUGAUCAGUCCUUGAGGUUCAAGACUUAUGAGGUGAGUUUUUCUGAGUGUCCGAUUUGCUCGUUCGCGGUUUCUAGGUCGAUCAAUUCAUAUACGUCGAGGUUUUUGUUCGAUAAUUAUACUCUGAUUGUGAGCGAGUAUUUGGACUCGAAGCGUUUGCAUCAGAUUUUGACUGACUCGGCCGACGAGUUUAGGAGGGUGGCGGGGAUUCCAGAGGAGGAGUUCGGUAGGGUUCUUCCGGUUUACGUGUUUGAUUUGGAUUACCAUAUGCUCUUGUUGCUAGACCGGUAUCACCAGUCAGUUGCUUUCAAAGAUAUGGUUAUUGCAGUGAGGACAAAGAACACGCAGACUGUGAGUGAUUAUAGCUGUAAUGGUCGUCAUGUGUUUACUAAGACUAGGGAGCUUGAGCGGCCGCUUGUUGGUUCGAUUCUGCAGAGUAUGUGGGGAGUGUCCCCUACCCAUUUGUUGUGGAGCCCAAGGCAUAAUAGUACUCUGGUGGAUUACACAUGGAGUGUAGGGCAGACUCCCUUUGGGCCAUUCUCAGAGAUUUCAUCGAUGUCAUUUGUGCAGAAGGAUGCAGCUAGGAGGAAUAUUCUUUUGACAUCAUUGAAUUACAGUAUAACGAGUGCCAUUGACGUUAUUGAAUCCAUUGCUGCACAUGGUGGAGAUAGGAAGCUGCUUAAACCGAGUCGGCAUGCUGAGUUCAUACAAAGGUGGAACUUGUAUAAGUACAAGCUUGACAAAGCAGUUUCUGCUUUGUCACAUUUGGAUUUCAAGAUGGCUUUGUACUACGUGAGGUCUUCGGAUCAUGAUCUGUAUGCCAUCCACUCUCUCGUCUAUCAUGCUUCAGAAGAACUGGAGGCAUCACUGGUAUGCUUCAAGGACCCACCAUUUCCAUGGACUUCAGUUUCUUUGUCUGCAGCAGGUUUCCUAGCGCUCUUUUAUGUUUAUGCAAGAAGAGACAAACUGUUCAAAAAUAAAAGAAAGCAAUUUUGACGCUCUUCAGAGGAGCCAAAGUUUGUAUCUUUUGAAUGCAAUACAGGCUACAGCACAUGUAUUUUGAAAGAGAGGCAAGUCAGAGGUCAGAAACUAGUAUUCAGUUCAUCAAAACAUUUGAGGCAGUUUGAGUUUGCACUUGGCCCUAUUGCUAAACUGUUUUCUAAGUUCUAAAUAUUUUUCAGUUGCAUGUCGUAAUUUCUUGACUUACUGGAUGAAUCUUAGCAAGAUGCACUCUGGUGGAACUUCUAUGGUGUUUCUUAUGCAUUUUUGCUGUUCUUGUUUUGUUUCUAGGUGACUACUAUAAAACUAAUAAUGAUAUUCUUGGUGAAUGUUUAUAUUUUUCCUUUUGGUAUGGAAAAGUUUAGCUUGCUGCUA